GAUUCCUUCAAAGACAAUCGAGGCAAUCAUGCGCUUCGUCCUCGUCCUGGCAUCCUUCGUGGCAAUGGGCAUUCUUGGACGUGAAGUUCCAUGGCAGCCUAAUGUGUCAUCCCUCUGCUUUAAGAUGUUUGCGUCUCCGGAAUCCCUCGACUUGGGCCAAGACCUCGUCGUUUCGUGGACGAAUGUCCAUUCCCAUCCUGCCGACUACCUCACUUUGUCGUGCGGCCCAACUGUAGACAAGGACGACUACAUUGAACGCAUCAUUGUGACUACAUCUUCGUCUUCCGUGCGCUUUGAAGAUCUGCACAUGCUGCGAUGCGUGUACGUGGUGUCGUACUACCACUUUCUCAACGCAUCCUUCGUCCUUCUCGGCCAAGUAAACGUUCCCAUGCGCAUGUCCAUCGACUCCCCCCAGCACGGCCAUCUUGCCUUCAACGACCAUAUCGAUCAAAUGGUCAUCAUGUACAAUUCCGCGUCGAAUAGAACGAUUCCGUCAGUCAAGUACAGCCGCCGCGAUCCUUCUGGUUCCACGAACGUGUUUGUCCGAUCUGGCACGUCCUCGACGUACUCAGCGUCUGACAUGUGCCAUAUGCCAGCAACGAUUGUAGGCCAGCAGUGGUUCCGCCAUCCUGGCUACAUGCACACUGUCGUGAUGGACUCGCUAGACCUGAACGCCACGUACUCGUACCAGUUUGGCAAUGACAUCGACGGCUGGAGUGCCACGUACUCGUUUCAAAGCCGACCCCCGGCCCAUGUUGCACCGGAUGCCACUGUCAAAUGGAUUGCCUACGGGGACAUGGGCGUCGACAGCUCGCCCGCCGCCGCGUCCACCGCACUCCAUGUGUCCCAGGACAUCCUCCGCGGCUACAACAGCUUCCUGCUUCACUUUGGCGACAUUAGCUACGCCCGAGGGCGCGGCCUCCAGUGGGACAAGUACUUUUACCUCAUUCAAGACGUCGCCACUCGCGUGCCGUACAUGGUGAGCAUGGGCAAUCACGAAUACGACUACAUUGGCGGCGACCCGGGCCGCGACCCAUCGCACCCCGACACCCCCAAUGGCUUCCACCCAAUAUGGGGCAACUACGGCGUCGACUCGCUCGGCGAAUGCGGCGUCCCGACAGUCCAUCGGUUCACUGGUAUACAUUCUUCAAGUGUAUUUGACAGAUAUGACGUGGCAGCACACCAGGGCCGUCCAACGGCAACACCCUAUUUUGGUACUCGUUUGCGGUUGGCCCAAUUCACGUGGUUCAAAUGUCCUCUGAGCACGACUUUGAGCCUGGAUCGAAGCAAUAUGAUUGGCUAAAAAAAGAUUUGGCCAGCGUCGAUCGACAGAGUACGCCAUGGGUCGUGCUCACGGCGCACCGCAUGAUGUACACGACGCAGGCCAACGAAGACGCAGACUUCACCGUGUCGUUGCAUUUUCGAGCGGCCAUCGAGCCCUUGUUGCGCCAGUUCCGCGUGAAUCUCGUGCUGGUAAACUAUAACCUACGAUAUACAUUGUACGGUAUGGGGAAGUCUGGCGACGACGAUUUUCCCCUAUCCGUUACGAGUAAUACAUCACGGGUCCAUUGCAGGUGGGCCAUCAGCACUCGUACGAGCGCAGCUGCCCCGUAUUCAAUGGGAUGUGUGUGGACGACGGUACAGUGCACAUCGUAGCGGGGUCGGCGGGUGCCGAGCUGGAAACAUCUGGCUUUUCUCCGUCGCUGGGGAAGUGGAGCGUCGCGCAUGUAAAUGCAUGGGGGUACCUUCGCGCCGAAGUCUCCAAGGACAAGUUACAUGUGGCAUUUGUCCGAAACGAUAACGGCAACGUGUACGACGAAGUCACGUUGGCGCCAUGGACAACGACGUAGAAAUACGCUAUAUAUAUACUGUGAGUGUGCUCCAUAUCGGUAACGAGUAAUCAACUAUGGUAGUAUCGCUGC